AUUAUAUUGAAUGUUCCCACAGUUCCUAUCCAGUAAGCCAAACUGAAAAACCAGUCCUUUGCGAUGUCUAAUAAUGCGCUGGGGCGUAACCGGUUACCUCCUAAUUGAAAGACCUGCUGACUCGUGGGCAACCCAUUCCAUUUGCGAAAAAGUUUCCAGCCAUAGGAUCUCGUAAGUGAAAAUACUUGUAAUGUAAUCGUUUUGUUCGUGUUAUAAUAUUAUGAUAUUUCUGUUAUCAGAUUGUUUUCAAACAUGAGACGACACACUGGAAUUCUGAAGUUGUCGACAGAUUUUAAAUUUCUUAAAUGGAAAAGAAACAGAAAUGUAUAAAAAAUGUUUUGUGUGGUGGGGAGCUGAAUGUUGUUUGCUUACAAAGACAUACGCGACCAUUUUUAUAAUUCGUUUAUUGAAAAGUUUAAUAUUUGGGUCUCUGCUUCACACAGAAAGUACUUUCUUUUUUUCUUUAAAUUUUAAUAAUGCUUUGAAAUUUACAACAAAAAAAAAGAAACAACUAUUUAAAUCUUCUUUAUAACAUUUUAAAAAAAAAACACCAAUCUGAAGCCAAAAGUCAGAGUAGUGAACACUUUGUACGCUUCUGGUCAUUCAAUUAGCAGAACACAAGAUUAAAAAUAAUAAUAAUAAUAAAGUUCAUUUGAAAAUCACGCUUCAUCCCCAAAGGCUCGAAGCGCGGUACAUAGUCCACGAUAUCAAAAUUGAAAUGAAAAAAUCCAUACCAUACCACACUGAAACACAAAACUCAACUUCACAAAAACUACAAACGAGAAAACCCAUUCCAAGUCUGUCAUCCCCUACAAACACAAACAAAACAGGCCAAAACACACCUAGGAGACAAUAGCCAGCUGGCAAAGAUGGUAGACAACAUCGACCCAGCAGGUGUUUGCGAAAUAGAUGUGUUUUCAAUUCGGUUUUGGGAAAGUACAAACCUGGUCACUCAGAUACCAAGACUUAUUCCUAGUCGAGGCAAGCUACAUCGCAGGGUGAAACGAAAGAGCGGAGAAAGUGUUCCUCGCUAUGUGAAGUUAUCACGCAAUGUUUGCGUUAUUUAUCUUAUUCAAUAGUAAACGUCCUUAUAGUCUAGCUUACUAUGGAUCUGCAGCAUUACUAGUCUGAUAUUAUAUAUAAUAACUUUUUAUAGAAAGUUUAAGAACCUUGAAACUUGAGUGCUGCAGUUCUAAGAUUAGAAUAGUAGUAGAGUAUUGUUUCAUAUUUGACUUUUUCUAUUUUUCCCUAGUGGGACGCAAACCUGUUAUUUAGUCGCCUGCAGCUUUCAAGCUGAUCCUUUUGACGUCAGUUUUGACGUCAGUGUUGACGGCAGUGAUGACGUCAGUGUUGACGUCAGUGUUGACAUCAGAAAUGGCGCCAUUUAUAUAUUAGUGCCUGAUUGCAAAUGUAACAUGAAAAUCUACAAGUAUUUAAAGUUGUGCAAUUAUUUUUAUAAACACAUUGAAUGCAUAACUAUAGAUUGAGUGAAGUGACCAGCCAGCUUUCAUGUGCUGGAACCAUUUUACACAUAUUUUGUUUUUAAAUUGCUAAUAAUUUGAGUCAACAAAGAAUUGUGUCUUAUCUUAUUUUACAUUUUGGGGGAAAAAAAAGUAGAAAACACAAUCAGGUCAUACCAAUGUCUCUUGACUUUCCGAGGCCCCCUUUCAAACUUCGGUUCCCCCUCUCCCCCCGCAUUCGAAGAUGAAUUUAUUUUUAAAAAAUGUGCAUUACAACUUUGAGCCCCUUAAAUAUCCAAGGCUCCUUGAAGCCAACGUCGUCACAGUGCCCAUAUGACGUAUCUGGGUCACGUGGUACCUACAUUUUUAAUGAGCAUCUCUGGGAUCGAGCGUAGGAUGAUUAAAAAAAACUAAUUUCUGGCAUGUGCUAAAAUUCAUUCUUGUAUUUUGAAUCAAUACAUAGCAAUUAUUUGGAAGGUCAUAUACCAGUUUAUGUAAGGCGCUGGGCGCCAUUAUACCAUCUAACAUGUUGAUAGAUGUCAUUUCCCCCUCCACCCAGGGUGCUUGAAAAAAUCCUUUCCCCCGCUGAAAUUAACAAAUAGAAACAUUGGAUUCGGGUAAACAGUAAAUGCAACUCAGACAUUUGAAAUGAUCCACACUUGGCUGGGGAGGGGCUAAUGAGCCCUUUUUGGCCAAGCCAUGAUCCCCUUAGAGUUCUGCCACACUUUCCAAAUUGAAAUUAAAUUAUAGCUGGCCCUUGUCGCCAAUUUUGGCCCAUUUAUAGAUACAUUGCGUAGUGGCGUGCUUUCUGCUGGGAUCAAGAGCAGUGUCGAUUAAAUAUUUACUGGGACUACAUUCGCUGACACUGCAUCGGCUGACACUUCAUCGGCGGACCCUUCAUCGGCGGACCCUUCAUCGGCGGACACUUUAUCAACAGAAUACAAUCGUGGACAAACAUUUCAAACAAACAGAGAAAAAGUUCUAUUAUAUGUCUAUCGAUUAAAUAUACCCGCUUAUGAAAUAUGUCUGUUGAUGAAAUAUAAUUGUUGAUGAAAUAUGCUCAUUGAUGAAAUAUAUCUGUUGAUAAAAUAUGUCUGUCGAUGAAUUAUGCCUAUUGAUGAAGUGGCUUGUAAGAAUUCAUUUGCUUGUUCACAUGAAAUGUUUGUGUUAAAAUAAAAUAUUCAAAACGAUUUAUGUGGAAACUUGAUUUUUAAAAAAAAAGACAAUUACAUGAACUUUUGCACUGAUAGCCCACCACCACAAACCCAAUUUACAACAACAACAACACCAACGCGAGCCAUACAAAUCGAAAGAAAAGAAUUAGAAUUCUAACCUAGUUUAUUCGAUGAAAUUAUGACGGUUCAUGGCAACGUCACAAGAGAAUAAACUGUAUGAAAAAACUUUGGGUGUCUUCGCUUCGACCUCCGUUUUGUAAGAUUAUAUUUAAAAUGUCAUUUUUAAAAAAUUCUUUCUUCUUUUUCAUCUACAAUUAUAAACAUUGUUAUUUGGUCAGAGAUUUAUAAACCAUCUUGGUAUCAUUGAAAAGAGUGUAUAAAGAGAAAUAUCUAAAGAAUGAACACCAUAUAUAGUACUCUCAGUGAAUUUGUGAACUAAAAGCAACUUUACAAACAAAUCGCUGCACCGACUUCUCUUCAGACAUUUCAACACAAAUGAAAAAAAAUAAAUCGUUAGUGAAUCUGUCAACCAUGUAACCAUUAGUGAAUCUGUCAACCAUGUAGCCAUUAGUGAAUCUGUCAACCAUGUAACCAUUAGUGAAUCUGUCAACCAUGCAAGUAUUUUAAGGUUAUGCAUAACAUAAUAUUUAGCGGAAUAACGGCUCCAGCAGAACUAACUUUGUUUUAAUUUCACUAAAACAGGAAGUAGAAUGACACGAAGGACGUCAUCGACAAGCUGUGUCCUCAAUUUGGUGACUUGCCUAGCACUACACCUGCUUUGGCUUGUUGCCGUGUCUAGCAUAGAAGGUAAGUGGCGUGGCGUUCAACGUCUUAAAUGUUGAUAUAACUGGUUUGGGGGGAGGGAAGGAGAGUGGCAGGAGCCGGCCAUGCGAGGCAAUCCUUUUUAAUUCCUUUAUAUUAACUUCGCUUUUGUUGGCGUGUUCGUGUGUUCGGGACGAGAUCUCCAGUAGCUAGGUCACCCAGUGCUCACCAUUGUAUCGGAGAUUAAUAAAAGAAAAUAUCGCAAAUACGUUUUGUGCGAAGUAUUUUCUCACGUGAUUCGGAAAUACUGGGUGUAAUAAAUCUGGGGUGGAAAAAUCGGGUGGGGAUUUGGAAUAUUGAUUUAGUUCAGGGGCGUUUACAAAAUGUUCGUUUACGUGGAGACGACAUAUUGGGAUUCUUAUAAUGUGGGUUACUUGGAUGCCAGUUUAGUCAAAUGUCGGUGUUUAUCUUUAUUGCAAAUCAUUUGGAAGGCUAACUGACACACUUCUUGUCAUCCUAUCGAGCUGAACCUUAGCGCAAAAACUCAAUGACGCUGAAAACUAAGUUUAUAAAAUAUUCAGCCCCUCUCCCUCCCCCAAAUCUUAAAAAUCAGUUUUUCCUGUUUUUCAAGAGGAGAUAAAAGAAAAAUAAUGCAGUGAUUUUUUAAAGAACUGUAGUCACCGCUCAGGCGCAAAAAAAAAACAAACAAACAAAAAACAAGAAAAUAGCCAUACACAAUUUUUGUACAAAAAAAAACAUUGUUUUUAAUGUGUUAUGUUUUUAUAAAUCCUUUUUAUUAACUUUGCAAAUCUUUUGAUGGUUAAUUGACAGACUUUCGUUCAUCCUAUCGAGCUGAGCUUUGGCACAAAGACUUUUUUGCCGAUUACAACCCAUUCUAUCUAAUUUUCAGCUCCCACACUCUACCCAAACCCAACCCCACCCCCACCCCCCAAUCAUUUUUUUUUACUGUUUUUCAGUAGAGAAGAAGAAUGAAAUAUGAUUUGUACAAUGUUUGAAUGUUUUUAUGUGGAGAUUAAGUGUGUUGCUGUUGCCCUGUGCUUUGCACUUGUGAUAUAUUUGGGUUUUGUAACGAUCGUGUAAUGAUAACGAUGCUGUUUAUAAUUAUAGUUGUAGUAUAAAUUAUCCACAUUCACAAAGCUCGAGGCGGAGUCCAUGAAUUCAGCAUCACGAUAUUUAUUAGAUAGAAAUUACACUUUACACUGCAUUAUACACAUCUCCGAAAUUGAAGGAAAUGUAAUUGAUAUAGUCUUAUUACUUCACAAGUAACUUUCACACAGAUCUAUUGAAGAAGGAACACGAUGCUACGAGAUGUAUGGCAAAGAGCCUCUCUUCAAUAUGCACCUUCCAUCGUUUUACUUCUGUUCCUGUACUCUUCUGCGCAUGACUUAUAAUAUAUAAUUCACUUCCUGUUCCUCCUAAUCUUAAAAAAAACAAUACAUUAUUCGAAACAAAAUUAUUAUCUCAAUAUUUGAUCUGGGACAGGUUUAAAUAUAUCUUUUUUUGUUUUCUGGGUUUUACACAAACUAACUUUUAUAAAAAUUAUUUAUUUUCUAAAAAAAGGCUGCUACAAUUUUCAACCAGUUCCAGUUGUCUAAUAAACUUGAAAUUUUCCAUAGUUACGCAACCACGUUGACUAUACAUGAUCUGCAGGUCACUAUUUACCUUCACUUUCCCUUUAGUGACCUCUGUGUGUCAAAUUUUACAUCUUUAAUUUAACCACUCAGCCACCCGACAACACUAAACCCUGCAAGAUCAGAAGCUCAUCAAAGACCUCAGCUGACCUUGAGUAUUCUCUGUGGGUCAAAUUUUUCAUCUCCAUUUUGACCCAUAUUCUCAUCUCAAAUUGAGCUGAAACUUCGUACACAAGGCUAACCCCCACCCCCCCCACCCCCCUCCCCCAUGAAAAUACAAACAGGCCACAAGUCAUGGCAAAUAAAUUAUAAUAGAAGAGUAAAAUGUAAACAAAAAUAAUAAUCUAUAGAAUUUUUUCAAAACACAACACAGGAUUUUGCAAAAAUGUGCUAAAAAUAUAUACUAAAUUAUCCGCAAAACAUCAGGGUUGUGUUGUUACAGUCAUAUAUCCAUAGAAGCUUGGGGAACAAAGGCAGCAGGUGCGGUACUGUAUAUUGGGACAGUGCUCAAGGCCAGCAGUUUGGGUCCCUGUCUUUGUCUAUCAUAACUUAUCAUUCAGGAAAACAAUAUAGGGCUAUUUUGCAUUGAGCUUGUUAGGAGUUGACAUUAGGAAUUUAGGUCAAAACUGAUUGCAGCAAUGGCACUACAUCUGAAAUGUGUUAGGGAUAAUGUAUGGGAUAAUAUUUUAAAAUUCUUGUCUUUAAAGUCAAAGUGGACUACACCAGCAAUGACCAGCAGGGGAACGCCAUGCCUGAUGACAUCAACGUGACCGUGAGCACCGGGACCAACACGACGGCCAUUUUACGCCUCUCCCGUGUCCCACACAUCAACCUUGACUUUCCCCUGUACACACUCAACCAUGACGGCACCGGCACGAUUGUCAAACAAAGAGAAAAACGUGCAACCAAAAAGGUGAGUGGUUGGACUUUUUGUAGUUUCGCAGUUGCCUCGAAGCCACUGAAAAUAAUACUUUUUAUUAAAUCUUGACCCUCUUUAUCAGGUCUGCACAACUCAAAAUGUAUGGUGGGCCGAAAGAAAAUAGGACGGGGGAAAGCUUUUAAGAAAAUAAUAAUAAUAAUAAAUAUUUCUUUACUUACGAAAUACGUUUAAUGUGACACAAUGCAUUGUUUUUCGGCAACAAGUUUGACGUAUUCAGGAGAAAUACUGGAAGUGUCAUUAUUAAUGCAUGGGCAAUAUCUAGUGCAGGGGCCACUGUCUGUUUCUAUUAAGCAUAAUUUAAGAUAUAACACAUAUUUUAUUUAUGUUUGUCUCAUUCCUUCUUGUUUGCCCUCACUCCACUUUAUCCAGAUGACCGCCUUCUACCAGGAAAAGGCCACCGGCGCCGUUUUUCAGAUAACGAGAAAGGAAAAUCGCAGGAACAAGACAGAUUUAUUCAAGCUGGUAAGUCAAAUGAGUUGGAUUUUGGAUUUAUCAUCCUGCAGGAAAACGAUUUUCCCUUUGCGUGAAUGAAUAGUCGCUGACAAAUAAAUAUACGUUCAUGUUUAAUAAAUGGCAAAAAUUAUGCAACGGGAGUCGUAUCCGUAGAGUUUUGGGAUUAAAUUCACUAUGUUUUAAAAGUGUAAAAUUUGAUGAAUAACGAAUGUGGUGAAAUGACUUUUAUAUAAGGGGGUGUGGAAACAACUCUCUGAUUGUUGUCACACCUGUUUGUUUCUAGGGGUAGUUAGUUAUGUCAAUUUCACACAUUAAGGGUCAUAAUUACAUUACUCCUUUUUACCUUAGCUGCCAAAUUCUUCAUAGCACCAAUUUAGUAAAUGAAAUGAACGUAUUUAUUUACAUGUAUUUUACUAUAUGGCAUAAUAGUGAAGUAUGUGCAAAACAUUUUUAUUUUGCAACUAUUUAAGCUCUAGUCUAUUAUGAAAAAUGGCCUCCCGUAUAGCCUAUGACUCAUCAUAACGAUUGCUUUGCUUUUUAACACAAUCGUAUAUACUCAGACAUUUCACACUUUACUUAUCAGUCACUCGUGCUGAUCGCCUCGCUUGAACAUCCUACUUGAUCAGUCACUAGUAGUAUGUGGAGGUGGCUCCUCCGAUACUUCACUCCGUGGCUUUUCAGGGCGAUCACGUAAGUGGGCUGACAGACCGGAAGGUUAUGAAGCAGCUCCGAUGAUCUGGUCAGAUCAUGCAAAAUAAUGAAGAUCACUUCAACGUAGAAGUGGAUCUUCGGGUCCUGUCCUUCGUGGCUCCUUGGGGCGUUCACGCAAGGGGACGAAACAGCAAAUGCGAUUCAAUAGAAUUACUUCAAGGGUGGAAGUGAAUUCUCUAAUUCUUUACCUCGUGGCUUUUCGAGGCUCAGCGCUUUUCAAGGCGUUCACGUAGGUGGCUGAUACCAGUCACAACUGUACCUUCUGGGAUACCUCUUCCCCAGUACGCUGUGGUGGGUGUAUUUAAGACUUUACUUUGGUAGUAAGGUCCAUCAGCCCGCAGUCCUAUCGUUGCGGGCAAUGAAUUGGUCUUCCGGAGGUGGCUCCUGGGCGGGGCUCGAAGACUCAGGCCUCAGUACACCGAUUCCUCAAUUCAGCAGCUAAGGUGCUGUUGACUCUACUGUAGUAAUACGGCGAUCUAGCAACCAGGCUAUAUGUGAAUGAUGAUAAAAGAAAAGAAGGGAACAACUUUUUCCAAUAUUCUUGAACUAACAAUUCUCUCUUCAAAGGCAACGAAUUUAGAUCGAGGUAUCAAAGGAGAUAUAAGUUUUACAAUGUUAAUAUCCAUUGCGAUAUUCUUAUUCGUCUUAUCACCAUGGCCGGCACAGGCCUGGGUGGCUAGCGUCAACACGUGGCAAUGAUUCUUUUCAUACAUAAUUAUACAAUCACUUAAUAAUAUACGGAAUGGAUUAAUGCUAUAUCCAUCUAACUAUAAUGGAUAACAUAUGGCUGACAAGUAUCCAUUGGCGACAUCACCAUCGAUACGAUGGGAUGAAGUCUAGAUAAUGAAAUCUCAAAAUGGCUGACACGUGUCCAAUGAUGAAGGCACGUGUCAAACAUUUAGAAAAUAUAAAGUACAAAUGAACUAACUAAAUUCCUUCUAAUCAGAAUGAUAAUACAUAUAUUAAAACAUUACAUUUUUAACCAACUAUGUACAAGGUAAUACAAAUAUUCAAAUAAAGAAAUGAAAUCAAAAUGUUCGUCAACCUCACUAGGUCUAGAGAAAGCCGGCUUUAAGGUGCUCUAAGUUGGCUGCUGACUUAAGAGUCGAACUCGAAAAGAAAGAUUUUAGUUAAGCGACGGCUUGUAUAAUGAUUCUAUUCUAUUUGCUUAUUGGAAAAUCACUACCAUGUGAUAUCCGAGUCCAGUAAACUUAAUAAUUUGAUGCGUGACAUAAUCGCUCACCCAAAACGGGACACGGGGCAGCGUUUGCUUUAUUGAUUUAGUUCUUGGUUCGAUUCUUGGUUCAGUUAGCUGGUCAGAAAAUUUAUCAGUUCAGUAUGCAACUCACUCUUCACACUCUUAAAUCCCUCAACUGAAAGAAUGAAAAAUAUAUUUUUAAAUUGUUUUUACUGAAGUUUCAUUUUUAAAAAUUCUUCCUUGACAUCCUCCUCUAAUCGAUGAGUUCUCAAUCAUAGAAUUUUAACACAUUUUCUGAACAAUAAUUUUAAAAAAGUUAUUAAAUAAAUUACAUAAAUUGAAAACACCUAUUUGGCCUCACUGAAUUAAUUACGUUAUAUAAAGAAAAUAGGUCUAUAAUUUUAUAUGUUCUAUAUAUUUGAAAGUUUGAACAUAAAUAAAAGGGUUAAAAUCAUUUAAAGAUUUCGAUAAAAUAUUGGGAUCAUCAAAAAUUAUUUCGAGGUUAGUGUUCUUUCAUGGCAUCAACUAUUUCAGUUACAUUAAAGGUUGAAUUGAUAUCAAAAUUUACUACUCAAUAGAAAAGAUUCAUAAAGAUGAGAAAGUUCGUUGUUUUUUUUUUAAAAUAUAAUUUCGCUGAAUUUUGUAUUUUUUAAAAAAAAUUUUUGGUCCAUGGAUGGGGCGAUUUGGGGUGGGGCAUUAGAUGUGCUCAGGUUUGCACUUCCCCCCCCCCCGAGGGUUUCCUCAAGUAAGCACUGCUGGGCGGUACUGUGCAUAUGGCUGAAUUAGUUGACCAAUAGACUUGCCCCACUUUUAUCCACAACUGAAUCAAAAGAUUAUGUUACAAUUAGUUAGCUAAUCUAUUUGUGAUUAAUAAUAGCAGGUUUUUAAAGUGAUUAUUUACUUGUAUGAAAGCAGAGACAAAGUUUUAAUUGUUGUAACAGAAAUUGUUCUUUCUCAAUCAGAACAACGUCUGGCCAUAGCUGAAAAAUCCAGUCAGAUGUCAUCUUUUAAAAAAUACGUUAUUUCCGAUUUCGCUAAAUAUAUUUAAAUUAACUAACAAUAUUCAAAAUAACACAUAUUUUUUUUUGUCAAUUAAUAUUGUUGUUCUUUAUUUCAAGAAAGGAGCAUUCAAAAUAUCCGGAAAAAGCUUUUUCUUAAAAUCCGAGAAAAGAAGGAAAAGGAAUUUCCAGACAACGGCGUCCUCAACGACAUCGAGAUCCACCUCUAAAGCUUCAUCCCCUUCGAUGUCCGACACUGAAGACGAGAUUUACAGCCUUGAAGUCCAGAGAGUCCAGAGACCAACAAUCCACGACUUCAUGGAAGCACGUAAGAAAUAGACUUACAAUAACGUUGAGUAACCAGACUUGUCUUAAUGAUUGAUUGCAUCCAGUGCAGAACAGUGUUUAAACCUUGUUUUCGUCCGUCAAAAAUCGACCAGGAUAAUUUCUAUCAUCCGACAUUGAAAAGAUCUUCUUCUACUGUGUAUGCUCAGAUGGCUGAUAAGGCCGAUUCUUUCCACACAAAAAAAGACUGGGGAUUUAUUGGGCUUCUCCAGGUGAAUAGUUAACCCGGGCUUUUCUGCUCUGCAGCCCCUGUUCUCUUCGCUUCAUGAUGUAUGGGUAUUUAGUGAAAGAGGAAAACCUCAAAGCUGGAAUUAAUGCCAUGUCGCUUACGUAUUUCUGUUCAUAUCGAGCGCUUUCAAUGGGGCUUUUUAGGUUGUCUUUAAUCGUUUCUUCUGGCUAACAGCAAGUUGCCUUACCCUCAAUUUUUUUUUCGGCCUCCUCCCAUCACAUAUCGAUAUGUAUUCCAGUUUUCUGUGCUUUUUAUGUGCACAUUCAGGUGACCCCAAAUUUCUUUGAGCUACUACUUUUGUAUGUCCAUCUUUGUCUGGUGUGGAAGACUUUUGAGACUUUGUUUAGUUCAGUUGUAUUUCAUGUUUUCCACGGCGAGGCAUUUCAUGUUUUCCACUACGCUGAAUGAGACAUGUUUCAUUCUACAUGCUCGAGCAGACUAUAAAAUAGUCUUAAUCGCAAGCGGUUGGGAGUAUGACAUUCGCGCAACACGAUUGCAUUAAAAUGGUAAAGAUGGUGUAGAGACCUACCAGUGCUCCUCGGUGUUUAAGACCUUGUCGUUCGAUUUGGUGUCGUGUGGUGCAGCUAUCUUGCCUUGCGCUAGUAUACUGUCCAUGUUUAAUACGCAUAAAAAUGUAGGGAAAACAUCCGUUUUGUAGACUUUUAUUUUAAUUAGGGUGCGAUUGGUCAAUUUAUUCUUCGAUAAUUGUCCAUAGCUUGCAUUGGCUCUUGCAAUAUUAAAGUUAAUCUUGUCAUUGGUUGUUGCUUUUUGGGACCUUGUCCGUUCAAGGUAGGAGAAGCUAUUCCCCUAAGUACGCUUUAGUCAUUUAAUUGAUUGUUGUUGUCAACAUGAGGUCUUCGAGGAGCUGGUUUAUCUAAGACCUGUUUAUUUUUCAUGUUAAUUUUGAGUGGCAAGUGCUGUCAUUGGAGAAGUUUCCAACUCUGCUUUUCAUAUUCGUUGCAUAUUAAAAAAGUAAUUUCAAAUCCAGAUGUUAACUUAAGAAUUUAGUCACUAGUGCAUUUAGAUCAGAAAUGAUUCUUUUCGAUUACUGUAUUCCUGAGAUUUAAAUAACAAGUGUAACCGAAAAUUUGCCAAAUAUUUGUUUUUUUUUCUUGAUCUCGAAAUGGAAUGACUAUGAUCAAGAAUAGUUGGUUCUCAGGCUGUUAGGAGCUUCUAAUUGUCCAGUUUUCUUCGAUACACUUUUCAGCUUGGGAGCAUGUCUUUAAGAUUUCAUUGUUAUUAUGAUAAAUUGGAAUAAUAUUUAAUACUUUUUACGGCUAAUUGCUGAUAUGAGGCUAUUUCAACGACGCGUGGAAGUUAAUUUUAAAUUGAACUAAUAAUAUUACUUUCUUUACUGUCGAAUUUUAUUCACAUUUAGCCCCGGAAGUGAUAGUCUCCAGAAAAACACUGACAAUGUCCAAUGCUCUAAAUGUAUCGGACCUGGACUCUCAAGAUCAAGAUACAAAGAAUGACACCACCAGCAGUACCGCCAAGCCCGAAGCAGACCAAAUCAUUGCUCUGUCAUCCGAACAGUCGCCUAUACAAUUAGUCUCUGACGGCUCAUCUGCAAAGCCAGACUUGUUCGCCAAACUCAUUCGCCGGCGUAGAGCGAUCACACCCAUAGCCGUUGAUGUUGCUGCUGUUGUUGACUACUCGGUAUACUUAAAGUUUCUGACAGAAGCAGGAAAUGACAGAACAGCCGCACUGCAAAAUAUACGGGAAUAUUUUGCAUUCAUAUUUAAUGGGGUGAGUAGGUAUUUUUUUUUUUUUUUUACGAAGGGGCCAUAAGCUACUGUAGUUGGUAACAUUUCAGAAUAACACGUCAUUGAAUAUAACUUAUAUUAAAAAUGUUUUACUUGUUUGGUAUUAUUGUCGUAUAUCUAAAACAGUUCUAUUAUUGUCGUGUAUCUAAAACAGUUCUAUUAUUGUCGUUAAACUAAAACAGUUCUAUUAUUGGCGUGUAUCUAAAACAGUUCUAUUAUUGUCGUGUAUCUAAAACAGUUCUAUUAUUGGCGGAUAUCUAAAACAGUUCUAUUAUUGGCGUAUAUCUAAAACAGUUCUAUUAUUGGCGUAUAUCUAAAACAGUUCUAUUAUUGGCGUAUAUCUAAAACAGUUCUAUUAUUGGCGUAUAUUUAAAACAGUUCCAUUAUUGACGUAUUUCUAAAACAGUUCUAUUAUUGGCGGAUAUCUAAAACAGCUCUAUUAUUGGCGUGUAUCUAAAACAGUUCUAUUAUUGUCGUGUAUCUAAAACAGUUCUAUUAUUGGCGUGUAUCUAAAACAGUUCUAUUAUUGGCGUGUAUCUAAAACAGUUCUAUUAUUGGUUUAUAUCUAAAACAGUUCUAUUAUUGGUUUAUAUCUAAAUCUGUUCUAUUAUUGGCGUAUAUCUAAAACAGUUCCUUCAUUGGUAAAAGGUUGACUUUGCUAAUUUAGUUUGUGAAAUUUAAUACACGGAAACUUGUAUCCGUUAAAAAAUAAGAAUAACUUUUUAGUCUCGUAUUUUUUCAUCAUCUUUAAACUCAAGGUGCCACUACUUUUCUCAUGACACACAGGUAGGCACAUAUUUGAACCUAAUCAGGUAGGCACAUAUUUGAACCUAAUCAGGUAGGCACAUAUUUGAACCUAAUCAGGUAGGCACAUAUUUGAACCUAAUCAGGUAGGCACAUAUUUGAACCUAAUGUUAAUAUUCAUGUGAUCAAAACCAAUAUUCAGCAGAUACCUAUUACAUUCAGGAGAUUAAAUUGCAAACAAAUGUUUUAUACCUAUGUUCAGGUGGAUCAGAGGUACCAGUCCAUCAACAUAAACACUGGCUUCCAUGUAUACUUAAGUCAAGUCUUUGUAGCUGAGGUAAUGUUCAAACGCUUAUAUUUAAACGCUUCACUCUGUUGUUACCUGCACAGGUAUUUCUUGUUCAUAUCACCUUAGUGUAAAUAUGUCCGUUGCUUUGAGAAUGUCACGCAUUAAGGACUUAGGUUCAUAUCACUUAUGUAGAAAAAAUAAUUUAAAAAUUAAAAAAAAAUAAUAAUAAAUUGUUAAAUCUAAUAACAUAGUCGCCUACGUAUUCUUUAAUUUUCUCUUUAUUUAAUAACUAAAUAAAUACACCUUUUGAAAAAAAAAAAAAAAAAAAUCUUUUGUUCAUGCCUGGUUCGGUGGGUUGUUGGCUAUAUCUUCGAACGGCUAAUUUAAAAUAAUUUAAAAAUUAAAAAAAAAUAAUAAUAAAUUGUUAAAUCUAAUAACAAAGUCGCCUACGUAUUCUUUAAUUUUCUCUUUAUUUAAAAACUAAAUAAAUACACCUUUUGAAAAAAAAAAAAAAAAAAAAAUCUUUUGUUCAUGCCUGGUUCGGUGGGUUGUUGGCUAUAUCUUCGAACGGCUAAUUGACCCACUUCCCUGCAACCAAUAUAGCUGAAACGUGCAACAUAGACUUAAUGCCGAUGAUAAAACACUAUUUUAAAUUUUGUAUCCCAACCCAAAAAAAAUCAUUUUUUCCUGUUUCUCAAGUAAGGAGAUAUGAUGCCACUAUCUUCACUAAAUAAAAUUCCCGAUAACUGCGCUAAAUGAGAUUCUGGAGAAUAAAAAUCGGAAAUGCGUUUGGUGCGUUAUAUUUUCUUGUUUUUCUGAAAUAAUUGGUGAAAUAAGUCUGGAUCAUUAGAAUAUUAAUAUUUGUUCAGGGGCGUAAAAAAGUGCACUUAUGAGACUUGGCAGGCGAGGAGGGGGGGGGGGGGAACAAAUUAAAAAUAAAAUAAAUUAAAUUUUGAAAUACAAACACAUUCAGUGCAUUAUUGCGGGUUUUCACGUCAACGGCUCUAACUUAUUAACUCAAAUUAUUGAUUCUAGUUCCCGAUUUCCACCCAAUCCUUUAAUCUAACCCUUAAUAACCAUAUUCUGUUUAAACCAUCGAACGUGUUUCACCACCUUGUUUCAAACCUCUAUCUCUUUUAACCAUCUACCUUAUUUAACACUUUGUUUCCAACCCUAUCUAUUUUAAACCCUUACAUGUUUCAACUUACUCCCUUUUUCAAGCCCUCCAUGUUUCAACAAGCAACCUCCAACUUCCCCCCCCCCUACGCUUCUGCCCAUUUUCAAUUUGAUUGCCCUAUUUUACAAAUGCCCACACUUUUAGUAAUUUAUUUGCAGACAGGAUCUACAUCCCCUCUUGCUGACACCAGCCACCCCAAUAAUUUUAUAGAUGCUAACGAAGCUCUCGAGGCGUUUGAGAACUUUGUCGCCCAAAGGGCGAAGGACGUAGUGACGUCAUAUGAUCACGCAAUGCUUUUUACAGCGUGAGUAAUGCAUAUUUUCCUUUACGUAAAUAUAUUAACGAAGUGUAGUAACGCAUUUGCCUUUUCAUAAAAGUUGAAUAAUCUUAAUGUUGAAAUAGAAAAUAAAAUUUGAUACAUGUACUUUUUUUCAAAACUAGAGAAACCCAUUGAAAGUUUAUUAAAGUGAUAUCAGCUGUUUGUUUUUUUCUUGUUUGAUAACUUACACUGAAAUUGUGCUGACAAUCUACAAAUGUCUUUCUAGAUACAACCUUACAGAUGGAACAAAUACCAAUAUAGCUGGUAAUGUUACGAAACUUAGAAUAAUUUUAUGGUAAAAUUUGAUAAUAUGUCGUUUCAUCAUUGAGGAAAAGUGGUUGGGGGGGGGGGUAAAAUAUUUGACAAAACGGUAUAGCCAACAACUUCUUUAUGUCUAUUCACCUCUUCGACAGCUUCGCUCCUCUGCAGACACGCGUAUCCUGCCCGUUCCCAAGACACACACUAAAACAUAUGGUGAAUUCUCUUUCUCUUUCUGUGUCCCCAAACAAUGGAAUUCUUUGCCACUACAAAUACGCAAUAUCCAAACCACUCAGGCUUUCAAAACUGCACUCAAAACAUAUCUUUUUAAAUUAUACUAUCCUGAGUGACUCCCCUCCUCUGACCCAAUAAAGAAUCUUGCUGGCGGUCGUCCAUGGUUUGCCUUGUAAAACGUUAUGUGGUGGGGUGGGUGAAUAUACAUUUUUUUUUUGUGCUGUUCUUUAUUUCAUCAAUGUAUUUUAUUUUAAUGUCAUGAUUAUGUCUCUUUUGAUAAAUUUUUUAUGUACAGUGCGGUGAGCCCAGCCCUAGGCUGAGGUACCACGCUAUAUAAGACCACUUAUUAUUUUUAUUAUUAUAUCUCUUAGGGUUGAACAAACAUGUAGAUUUAUUCAAGUCCAAAACUUAUAAAUAAAACACAGUUGCUGAGAAAAACACAGUUUUCAAAAUAUUUAGAUUAUUAUACUUCAAUAAUCAAUCUAAUAGAAGACUGUUAGGUUAGUUGUAUUAACAAAUUAAAAUGUAAAGCCAGACUUAGCUGAGGGCAGAAUCCAUGAAAUCGUGACUUCAAAGGAUGGAAAGAACCCAGGGGCGGUUUUAGGUUAGAGAUGUCUAGUGAAUCAAGAAAAUUAAGCACAUCUGUUUUAAGGGUAGUGAAAGGAAGUCAAUAAUUCAUACGUACACAUUCUAUACUUAACUCAAAUAAGUGCAACCUAGAGCAACGUUGUCAGGUGAUUAUUUGUAGUUUCGAAUAGUAAAUACAUCUUCAUAUAUUUAUAUAUGUAUAUAUAUAUGUAUAUUUUUUAAUAUAUUUAUUUAUUUAUGUAUGAAAACGAUGCGUAAAGUCUCCUAUUCAAUUCCAGUCCUUAUUCAUCUACUUUUUUAAAGACACGCAUUGUCAAAUAAUGGGUUCCUUUUGGUUUCGGAAUUUGAAAUAAAAAAUAUAUUUAAAAACCUUUUUUUUUAAAAAAAAGCCCCAAGAGUAAUGAAUUUUUUGGUCAGAAUACAGAAGAUUCUUUGUUGAAUGUAAAGCAAAAGGGUAGAGAUCACCAAAAGAUAUGUAAUGUCAAUUGAGUUGAAACAAUAGUAACAUUUGUCUUUUGGAAUGGUGUGCUUUUCAGGAGAGAAGAAGAAUUAUUUCACCAAAUGGAAUGGUAGAAAUAUUUAAAUAAAAUAAACGUGAUAUGCAUCUUUGAUCAAUGGCACUGAAGUUCAUGGUUGGCUCUGGUCUUUACCAUAGCAUCCUUUCUCUGGUCUGUACAUAGCAUCCUUGCUCUGAUCUGUACUAUAGCAUCCUUGCUCCUUGUACCAUAGCAUCCUAUACCACCGUGAUCGAUGCUUGACUUUUCGUCUUCCCGCACGGCACCACACCUGACGUAUUACCGUCUCCACACCAUCUGUCCAUCUCAGUCUCCGUUAAGCCUUGAACAUUUCUAAGCUAAAAGACAUUACCAUAUUUUGUGUUAUUUAAGAUUUAAAUUCUUGUGAUAUUUAGUAAAAACAAAUGAUUAAUUGGAAUAAAUAGCAUUUUUUUUAAAAAAUCCAAAGUCGGGAUGACAGAUAAUUAGUGUUAUUUCUAACAGCAACAUUAGGAUUGUGGUCACCAGAAAUGAACAAUAUUCCCGUCUGUACAGGUUUUGCCUAUGUCUCAACACUGUGUAGGACGGACGGCUCAAGUGUGUCGGUCAUAGAGGAAAUGAAUGACUACGAAAGCAUCAUUAUAGCUGCCCACGAGCUUGGUCAUAGGUUCGUAGAGUGCCUGGUGAAUACUAUUUGUUAUGGUACUGGGUAGUAGGUUCGUAAGUGCCUGAUUUAUACUGUUUUUUAUGGUACUGGGUAGUAGGUUCGUAAGUGCCUGGUUUAAACUGUUUGUUAUGGUACUGGGUCAUAAGUCAUAUAGCUCGUUAAAUAAUUGUGUUCCUUUCCAGAAUAGAGCAUUUUAAAAUAAACUAGCUUAAUACCUUUGUGCGUGUACCGUGUAUCGAGCGAAUGAAAAAUAAAAUAGUUACCUUUCAUAAUACGUAUUUUAUUUUAAAAUACUUUAACCUUUUAUAUUACAAAUAUUUCAAAUUAUUAAGUCUUUUAGUUUUUGGAAAUCUAAAUAUCAGUAAAUGAAUCAAUAUACUUGGCUGAUAAGUAAAAACACAUGUUGCACUGAAUGGAUAUUGCUAGUGAUAAGUCGUAGGUGAAUCAACGGCCAUAUUAUUUGGUCGGAUCCCUAAAACUGAGAUAUUAUAAGCAAGUCAGUUUUCUGAUUACAUACUAUGUAACCACAAAACUUACUAUUUUUUUAUGCUUUUCUACAUCGUCUGGGGCAUAGACCGUCUACUACAAUUUUCCACUCAUCACGGUCCUGUGAUUUCCUUUCCAAUUGCUUCCACGUGUAUCCCAUAUUUUGCAUGUCUUUUUCUAGCUGGCGUCCUCAUGUAUUCUUAGGGCUUCCUAUCUCUCUUUUCCCUUGUGGGUUCCUUGUUAAAGAUUGUCUUGUGAUGCAAUAUGGGGUUUUUCAGAGAGUAUGCCAUAUCCACAUCCGUCUUUUCUUUAUGAUAUUUUCAUCAAUGGGCAUCUGGUAGAUCCUUUCUAGUAGAUCUUUGUUGGUGAUUGUACUUGGCAAUUUGAUUUUCAGGAUCUUUAUAAGUCAUGUGUUUAUGAAUGUCUGCACUUUCUGCAUAAGACUCAGUGUUGUUUUCCAAAUUUCUGCACCAUAAAGAUGAACAUUUUUGACAUUUGUAUUAAAGAUUCUGACUUUGGUUUGCAGUUUCAGCUCCUUCGACUCCAAUAUUUUCUUUAAUAGCAAAAAUGAUGAUAUAGCUUUUCCAAUUUUAAACUCCACCAAGGCUGGUUCCAAGCACGGAUGCAAAAGGAGGAGGGUUGGCGUAAGACCAGCUGCCUCACCCGUAAAUACAAAUCGCUACAGAAACAAAAACUGACUUCCUUACAUUUUAAAGAGGGUACACAGAGUGUAUGCCUUGCCAAUAUCUGUCUUAAAAUGCCCAUAUUCUAUCUGGAGAAGUAAGUUUGAGAUCUCCUCUGCCUUUAAAUCGCUUCUUUGAUAAACCUUCAUUUCGAAUCGCAAGGAUCGGACUUUGAAUUUAGGCCACAUAUCGGAUGACUUAUCAUUUGUCCUCUUCGGCACGCGUUCCCUUUUUAGAAAAAAACUGUGCAGUGUGCGAUGUUAUGGUCUGAGGCUUUCGGGGAUAAAAAAAAAGGCAUUUAUUUCCAAGGUAAUGCUGAGGAGCUCUGUCUAUUUCUUCGUUAUCCCCUUCCUUAUGGGGUGCACUCAUCCCAAAGAAAUCAUCUUGUACCCUCGAAGCACAUAGGCUGCAUUAUUUACUGAUCAUUUCAUAAGAGACUGGUCUUUUUUCAAAUUUUGUGUUUAUUUUUUACGUCUGAAGAACUAAUUCGUGAAGCUUUAACUACUUUGUCAGAUAGGUUACUGCUCUACUCGCAGAUAAUAUUGAUUAACUUCAUAUCAUGAGGCGGGUGGUGAUGGAAGGCCAAACUUCUUAACUGUAUGGUUUGACUUUGAAAAAUAAUACGUAUUUCUAGGAGGCCAAUUCUUAAACACGUCAUCAACAGAGUAUCUUCUUUAUUAAUCUCAACACCAAAGCAAGCUCAAGAAACAAACCUACUAUUUCAACCAAAAAAAAAAGAAAAAUGAAAGCCUGUGAAGCAAAUCUUUAUUGGUAACCAUGUUUCGGCCCAAGUCAUUUAAAGGCCACAUAAGAGUUGCAUUAGAAAACACGACAUACAAACUUCCAGUGCACCUCCAGAGUACAAGAGGAAUCCCCGUAAGACAAUAUCAACUUCAAAGGGCUUGUUGGCCGAAUCGUCUAAACUGAGCAAACCUCAAGUUGGUGGUCUGGAGUUCAAUUACAGCCAAAUAGCUAAAACACCAACCCACCUGGAUGAGACUCGUUAACCUUGGUCGGCAACCAUCUAAGAGAAGGAAACUCUGCAGUUGGAGUCCCAUAAGGCCCAUGCAAUGACAGUGUCUGCAACCGUACCCAUCCCUGGUCGUCUUGACGAAGAGUCUCGCCACUGGAUAUGGUGGGCCCGGACAAGAGAGUGAGAUUGACAGCGCGCAACUCUUUCUCACUUUAAACAAAAGUCACCCGCACAAGUCAUCAGUCACUGGACGACGGACAAACAAUAAUAAUCAAAAUCUAUGUGUUGAUUAAUAUUUUACAUUAGUGCUUAACCAGGUGCAGUUUUUUUUUCCACCAGGUACAUGUAUUUUGAGAAAAUAUCCGGUUAGUCCAAAUGUUUUCUAUCAGAUGCCCUGUGUCAGAGUGAGAGUGGGCUGUCUUCGUCAACAGUUUGUGUCAACAAAUAACUCUGAUAUGAACAGGCAGUUGCGGGAUUCCGGAUUAGCUGUGACGUUGUAGAUGAAGCUCGCUGUGCAACAGAGGAAUACUAAACAUAAUAAAACCAAAUAAUUGUCUGCACCUAAUUAAAAAAAGUCAGCAUAUUAAUCUGAGUCGAGACUUCACGCAUGGACCUACCUCUUUGCAUUACUGCUUUUUUUUUCGCUUAGUAACAUUAAACUAAUACAGAGCCAAUAAUUUUUUUUGUAGUUUUUUGGGGUUGGGGCGCAGGGAGCAGUCCUGAAGAAGAGACAAGACGAACCAGAAUCAAAAUAUAUAUCAGAAAUUAAAGAGAUCAAGUUAGCUGUGAACGUCUGUAAUUAAAUAGAAUUAAAGUAUGCCUCAUCGACAUGAGAGCUCAUUGGUUGAAAGAUUUUAAGGCAGUUCAUAAUAGAUAGGUUAAGGGAGCAGGUGUUGCAAUUAAGUAAAGUGAAAGUCCAUGUCUAAGGGACGUUUGUGUUCAUUAGUUGAAGGCUGGGUUGGUUUUUUUUUAUAUUUAUAAAAUGACUUACAGAGAGAUCGAAAGGGAACUAUGAGAAAUAUAUGUCGAGAGCUCGAGUCUACUGGACAAAUGAUGUAAUUUGCUUGAAUAUAGAGAAAAUGUCCCCUUUGCAGGAAUUAGUCCAUUUGGGAAACUAUCGUUAUUCAUGUAAAAUAAAGCCUAGUCUACUUUUGGUGAAUGUUAAGUUUUCUAUGUUUUCAUUUCCAACAAUAAAUAUUAACAUUAAUAUACAUAAAUACAGGUUCUCAAUAAUUUUGACUUUCUGCUUGCGACCGGAACACACUGUUCGUUCACACUCACUAUGACCACAGUCUCUCUGCGCAUGCGCGCUCUUUGAUCUAGUUGACUAUCAGGAUGGUCUAGUCCACUAUAACACCUCCCAGAACAAUUACAAAGCUUGUAACAAUGGUACUUGACGUUGUCUUUGAGAUCUUCUGGGUAUGACAUAGUCUAAAGGUCUUGGAUGUCGAUAGUUAAUCUUCUUCUUCGGUGGACUUGGAGUUGCUGGAUGUGUAGACGUUUGAUGACUCAGGGCUGCCUGAGCUGUUGGAUAAAGACUUCCUGUCAUUAUAUCCACGCUUGGUUUUGAAUCUUCUCCAAAAAUGUCCUGUAUGCAGGAUUUAGAGAACUUGAGCUUGUAGUAUUUUUGGUACCACAAUUCUUGAACCAUAAAAUAGCCAAUUUGACUCCACGGAGACUGAGUCUUGAACAUUUUUAAAAGCUGCCAUAUUAGCUGCAUCCUUGUUCAAGUCCACUUUGUUUGUAGCGGGCGGCCAGCCCUCUUGACAAUAUCUAAUUACUGUAGGCACAGUAGUAUAUUUAAGUGACUCUUUAGCAAGGACUCCUGGGUCUGUUUGUCUGAUCUGUUUACUGAUUCGUUUGAUCAUACAUAUAGAAUCCAUGUCUGCUUCACUUUCUUCACCAUCAAACAUGUCAUCAGGCCCUGAGGGGAGACGACUAAGAGCAUCCGCAUUGCAAAGUUCAGCUGACUUAUGGAUUUGUUCACAAGCUUUACUCAAUGAGUUUUGAUUACGAACGUGAUUUAUCUUUGUUUGAAACAGUGCGUCUAUCGAAAUCCUGAGGUUCUUUAUUUUUGUUCUGCUCAACAAUUUUAAGCUGUGAUUUUUCACAGCUACAAAUGACAGAUUUGUAGUUAUUUCCCCUGCAUCAGCAUGUAUCUCAACACCUCCCAAGACAUUAAGUUAGUCACCAGACCCCGACUCGUACUUAACAGAUACUCGGCUAAAUGUGGGUUGUCCCAGCUUUCGCCAAACAGAUUCAGACAUAAAAUUUUCUCCGGCUCCCGUACCCAUUUCGAAUGCAAACCUAGUUCUUGAAUAAUGGGCGGGAUAGUUUUUAUUUGGUUUUUGCCUUCUUAUUCUUUUGAGAUGAAUUCGUUUCUGUUUAGGAGGAUUCUCUUUCUUAUUAAGACAAACUCUUUCUAGAUGUCCUCUCUAGUGGCAAAAGCGACAGAUCAUGUCUUUAUACUUGCAGACAUUUCCUUUAUAUCCUCUUCCUCCACACCUGCCACAAGUUCCAAUCGGAAAAUCCUGUCUUUGAGAUGGAGAAAAUUUCUCUGCUGUCUGAUGUUGCUUAUUUCUUUUUGUCUGAACCUUAUUGAUAGGAGUUUCAUCAUGGACAGAUUCUUUGGCACAUUUCGCCGCCUCCUCUGUUUCAACAGCUAUUUCUACUGCCUUGUUGAAUGAUAAUUCAGUGUCCUUCAUCCUUAACACAAUUUUCAAUACAGCCUCGUUCUUAAUGCAACACUUAAAUCUUGUUCGUAAAGCUUCAUCUAGAGCAGGGUUCUCAAACUCGUGGCCCGCAAGGCGGUAUUUUGCGGCCCGCUACAUGAAAGCAAAGUUUAGUCUUAAUGCGCUCCGCACUAGUUGCACUUUAUUGAAUUUGUCAUCGCUUUUUUGUGGAACUCUUAAUUUGGCCCAGUCUCAUUCAGACUCUACCUUCAUCGGCCCAGUCUCACUCAGACUUAACCUCCUGCGGCCCAGUCUCACUCAGACUUAACCUCCUGCACCAAGUCUCACUCAGACUCUACCUUCAUCGGCCCAGUAUCACUCAGACUUAACCUCCUGCGGCCCAGUCUCACUCAGACUUAACCUCCUUCGGCCCAGUCUCACUCAGACUUAACCUCCUGCGGCCCAGUCUCACUCAGACUUAACCUCCUGCGGCCCAGUCUCACUCAGACUUAACCUCCUGCGGCCCAGUCUCACUCAGACUUAACCUCCUGCGGCCCAGUCUCACUCAGACUUAACCUCCUGCGGCCCAGUCUCACUCAGACUUAACCUCCUGUGGCCCAGUCUCACUCAGACUUAACCUCCAGCGGCCCAGUCUCACUCAGACUUAACCUCGUGCGGCCCCAACUCACAAGUGGCUGCAUCCUGUCUCAUUAUAGCUGCCAAUUCUUAAAUUGUCUCCCCUGGUUUCCAAAUUGAAUCAGACCAGAAUUUGAUUCAUUCCCUGAUCGCAAAUUUGGUCCGAUCAAACUGAUCCAUCCUUACCCCAUAUACGUCUCCCAUGGUCAAAUAGUUUAUGUUUUGUGGUGGGUCUCUUUGUUGUACUAGCGUUGACCAUAUUUUAUGGAGUUCUGGGGUUUGGCUGGUUAAGAAAAUGUGUGUCUGUGGCACAUUAUUUGCUAACUCGAAGGUCACAUAUCUAGCGUAGUAGUCCGUGAAUGUUUCCUCAUUACUAUUGACACUUGUGAAUUUCAUAUUACCAGCCGUAAGGCCCCGUUGCUAGUUUUAACAGUAACUCAUUUUGCUGAAUAAGCCUUUGAAUGACGUCCAUUUCAGUUACGCAUACCUCUUUCGUUACGUGAAGUCCCUGGUGUUUAUAAGUCUAACACUAGUCAAUACUGGGUUGUACUGAGUUGUACUGGGUUGUAUUGAGUUAUACUGUAUUGUAGAUACUGGGCACCAUUUGUUAUGUCUUCGAUGUUUUCAUUUCCAACACUAAACAUUAAAAUAAUUAUACAUAAAUACAAGCUCUCAACAAUGUUGACUUUCUGCUGCUUCUGUUCAUUCACACACACUAUGACCACAGUCUCUCUGCGCAUGUGCGCUCUUUGACCUAGUUGGCUAUCAGGACGGUCUAGUCCGCUAGUCCACUAUAACAGUGAACUAAUGUGCACUGUAAAUCUACUCUUCCUGGUUUUUUAAACUGUUUGAGAUUUUACUUGACAUUCGUCUACCAAUCCACGCUGUGUCGAUCAGUCAAGCACUUUCAGUAAGAAGCACAAACACUUGACAGUGAUAAACAACAAACAAACAUUAAUUGACAGUGGUCACUUGAUCAGUGAGGGAGUGAGUAGGCGAGUGAGUGAGUGGGCAAAUGAGUCAGUGGGCGAGUGAAUCAACGACUGAGUAUCCCAGUGAGAGCUAUUGACUUAAAUAUAUAUAUAUGCAUAUGUAUAGUUGACACAAAGAGAAUAGACCCAUUUCCCCCCAUUUUUUUCCAGUCUCUCAGCACAGCAUGAUGGCGAUGACAACUACUGCUCCUCGUCCGACCGAUACAUCAUGGCGGCCGUCACCGGCACUGCUGAGACGGCGUCGACCGUGUACCACCCAUGGCAGUUUUCGACAUGCAGUGUAGAAAGUUUCAAAUCGUAUCUGAAUCAACAGCUAUUGACGUCGUAGGUGGCCAGAUGUUAGGCUUUAGGCAACUAAACAGCGGAUCAAACCGUUCAUUUCAGCUAUUUACUAUUAACUUUGAAAUUAAAUGAUUAAGAUCAACUAUGCUAUCAUACUUUCUUUUUGCCACCAGGCUCUAGUUAUUCAAUCCCGAGACAAGUUUGCAUAUAAUAAAUAACUUUGGUUUCAAAGCCAUGAAAACCUGCAUGUGGAUGUGAUUUUUUUAGAAUUUUUCAAAUAAUAGAGCUUCGCGUAUAAGUUAAAAAUUUUAAACUUUUAACGGAUCUAUUUACCAGCUAGAGAGUAAGUUAAACAGUAAAUGGCUUAGUGUCCAUAUGUUUUACAGACGAGGUGUAAUAUGUCUGGAUGGUCAUCCACCGAUGGACAACACUAUUCCGGACGUGAGUGGACGUCUGCUAGGACAAGAGAUACCACCUGACCAGCAGUGCCAGGCAACUCACGGGCCAGACUCCAGAGUCUGUAGAGUGAGUUAAGAAUUCAGUAUUGUAUUUUAUGAUGUUUGCAUUAAAAUUUCUCAACUUUGCACAUAAGUAAAAAUCUAUAAUAAAGUAAAAAUAUUGUAAACCCUAUUAGAGGGCGUCUGUUAAACACCGACGCGUCACUCCGGGGUGGGAAGCGGGGACUUAGAGACGUACAAUAUAUCCACCCCAGCCCCUAGAAAGUCCGGCCCGGUUUUCCUUCUCUGAUUCCGCAUCACUCGCAUAGUCAAUUGAGUGGAAGGGUGGGUGUGGCUGUUUGGGGGGCGGAAUGACCUGGCGUGCCGCUACGCGGCCCGACUGAAAUAAAGACCACUGGGGCAGUGGUUGAGGACUGGUCGGGUUAGCGGGGUAGGGUGCUGGGGAAGUCUUUAUGAGCUCUGGCUCGAUAGUUUGCUGAUCUUCUUAAGUAGUUUAGUUAGCAAAUAUAUUUCUAGUUUCUUGUGUUUUCAACAUUAUAUAAAUAGGACAUGUUCACUUUUGUCGGCAGAAUGGCUCGAAGCCAGGCGAUAUUGCUGUAACCAAUCGUCCUGGAUACCAAUUCCGUAGGGGGAUAACACAGACUCAAUGACUAUUCCGUCAACUCAUGCGGCGCCCCUGGUGCCACGCUAUUCAUCCUAUUAAAAUUAAUUAGGGUCAUCGGCUGCGUGGAGACGAGAAUCUAAUUGCUGAGAACUAACUAAGUCUCCAUAAAACCACAGGCAAUUUGAUUUCGCAUCUACCAGUGAAGCAAACCCCACUGGCAUCUAAUUGAGACGGAUGGAACCCCCCCCCCCUAACCUGGGGAUCGUAAGGCCCCUUUCCCAGGGGUUGCCUAAGACCAUCUGAAAACACAUAUACUCUACAGUUAUGAUUAGCAACAAAAAUAGCUUUGAGGCUUGGGAUCGCCAAAACAUGAGGAACUGCAUUAAAGGGUCGUGGCAUUAGGUCAGUUGAGAACCACUGCUCUAGAUCCACUUAUUGUAUAAUACGUUAUCAGGAACUAAACUGGGGUGCUGGGUGUCGGAGCGGUCUCAAAUGAGUCAAUCUCUAGUGAACUGAAGCACAAUCCCCGUCAAAAUCCUAGCCAAACUAAAACUCUAUAAGCUCCCCUUUUGGAUGGGAUUUGAUAACCUUGGAUGGCGACUCAACUAAGAGAGGGAGAACGCUGAACUUAAACCCGGAGAUGGAGUUCCGUAGGCGGAUAUCCUUGAUAAAAUAUAUAUUCAUGUAUAUACCAUAAAAUUUGUUAGCAACUUUAAAAAAAUGGAUUGCACUUGUGCAACUAAGUGUCUGAAUUGUACCCAUAAUACUUACAGUAUUAUAUUUACAAUUACUAUAAAGGGUGUACAAAAGAUUGGGUCAGAUGUUUGCCAUGCUUUGUAUUGCUUGGAUACUGGCGAUUAUCUCUGCUACCCAAAAGCAGCAUUGGACGGUACAACAUGUGGAAAUCUCAAGGUGAGUACUGAAAGUUUGGAGACGUGGAAAUAUCUUCUUUAAAGAAAAAAAAACUAAAACAGACCAUGUUUAGCAGUAAACUUUAGUUAUGUGGCUUAACUUGAGGCCUGUGGGAGCCUUUCUAUAUAAUACUGUUCGUUAUAUAAUCGAAUGAGGCCAAAACAGUAACUAUUAUUUUCUCGAAUAUAUUUUUGAUAUUUAUUUUUAUAUUUAUGCUUGAACCAGAUCUGUCGGUCCGGGCAGUGCGUCUCAGAUCCACAAGCACCGACAGCGGACGGUAAACAUAAUUCUUUUAUACUCUUAAUUCAAUUUUAUACUGAGCGAUGGGAAAUCUGUAUAACUGCUCAACUAAAUUUUCCAAAGAUUCAAAACAAUUAUCAAUGGGGUCAAAGGAAGGUUUGGUUAAUAUGCCGUGUGAGAACACUUGAGGUUACAGGCGGUGGUGGGUGGUUUUGUUUUUUUUUUAAUAGAGAAUGUGACGAUGCUAUGAUCUGAAAUGUAAUAGUAUUUUGUCCUGCUUACACGCUUGUGAUCGUUGUGUUUAAAUGGUCCAUCAUUUUUUUUGCAGAGAGCUGUGUGUUUGGAGAUCAACCAGGCAUCGUGUGGCAGGGAAUGACUUGUCCACAGUUCGUAAACUACUUUAAAGGAGUUUGUUAUAAUGCACAAAAUCAAAAAAUCUGCUGCAAGUCCUGUCGAGAUGCGUACAGCACACUUAGAGGUAGGCUUAUUUAACUGGAGUGGUCGCUAGUUGUGAGCAUUAAAUUGCUGGAUUUUAAAAUGGUUCAGCCGUGAUGCAUUGAACGCUCUAAUUAAUUUGUUUCUUUCAUUUGACUUUUUUUCGUGACUUUAUCCCUAAAUUUGAUACAACAUUUGUUAUAAAUAGGCAUUUAGCAUGUGAGGUGAGGUCAAAUAAAAGUAUUUUAUUUAUUUGAAUAAGUAUUUUACGAAUUAUAUUAUGGAAGGUGUAUAUUUUACGUUAGUAUGCAUAUUAGAAAGGUUGAUAUUUUAAGAUCAUAUACAUAUAUAUAAAAAUGCAAAAUAUUUAACUUUCAUCUAUAUAUAUACAUAUAUAGGUGAAAGGUAAAUAUUUACAAUAAUAUGUAUGUAAUGAAGGUAGAUAUGCUAGGGCAGCUGUUCUCAAACUGUGGGUCGCGACCCCUUCGGGGGUCACGGGACCCUUUUCCAGGGGUUGCCUAAGACCAUCUGAAAACACAUAUCCUUACAGCUAUGAAGUAGUAAGAAAAAUAAUUAUGUGGCUGGGGGUCGCCACGACACGAGAAACUGUAUUAGAGGGUAGCGGUACAAGAAAGGUUGAGAACGACUGUGCUAGGGGGUUGGAUUUUUAAAUAUGUUAGUAUGGUAUGUAUGUUAGGAUAGUAAGAAGCUUAAGAUAGUAGGUAUGUUGGAAUAAAAAGCAGGUUGAAAAAGUAGAUGUCUUAAGACAGUUAGCAUAUAUAUUAUAUAUAUAUAAGAAUGACUGACAUAACGCUAAAAGUGAGAUACGAUAUAAGUACGCUCGGAUUCCUAAAAACAAUCAUAGUUAUUUUCGUUUAUUUUACGGAAAUCGAAUAAGUUUUAAUGCGCAAAAAAUAUUUUAAAUCCACUUUUUUUUAAUUAAACGUUUUAGUAUUAUUAUUAUAAAUUACAAAUGCAUUUAAAGUAUCAACUAAUGAUCUAUUUUAAGCAUUUUAUAUGUGUUUGAAAGUUAUUAAAAAAUUAAAAAAUUAAAAAAAGAUCAUGAUCACAGAAUUAGACCGUAAUCACAUUAAUCGGGAAAACCCAAACAUCGGUUGUUUUUAGUGCGUUGAUUUAGUGCUUUGUUAAUAUUGCGAAAUAAAUAUAAAAUUAAUUUGUUCUAAAUAAUCACGCAAAUGACGUCAUAGUGCGAAUAGCCUAUUUCACCGAUACUCUCAGGUUUCUUUAAAUUUAAAACACGCGCGUGACAAAUUGAUCAUGUAUUUUCCUUCUUAAAACUAAAAUUAAUAAAUACAAUUGACUGCUUUUUAAAUUGUUAGUAAAAUACACUCAGUUUUGUUUUGUAUAUUUUAAAAAUUAAAAAGUAUUGCCUUUUUUUAAUUCCAAAAAUAUACUUUUAUUAAAUUUAUAACGCAAUAAAAAAUAAGCCUUUAAAUAUAAUUCAAAUAAGAAAAUGCUGUUUUAGUCAGUCAUUGCAGCACAACUCCAUAGCCAAAUAUCAUUUACUAUUCAAUUUACAACUCGUACAAAUAAGAAUAAACCAUAUUAGGUUAAAACAAAUGUUAGUUUGAGUAUGGAAGGGACUACAAUCCGGGGGAAGAUUUUCUAAAUCUCAUUUCAAUCUCGGUCGGGGGAGGGGUGGUUCAGUUUGCCCCAGGCAGCACAAAAUACGUCUCAAAAUAAAGGAAUGAAUUUGAUAAAUAAUUAACCGUCUUAGGUACAUUCAUAUCGGAGUUAGGAUAUAGGAUGUGUACAUUUAUACAUGGAAGACAAUAUAUUUAAAACCUGUGGUACCGGUAUUACAUUUUUGAAUAAGAGGUACUACAUUCUCUAUUUACAAAUAUGGGUAUGCUCAUUUUGUCCAAGGCAGCACAAGAUUCGUCUCGAAAUAAAGGAAUGAAUUUGAUAAAUAACUUAACUUCUUGGGUACAUACAUAUCGGAGAUAGGAAAUAUUAUGUUUACAUUUUCACGUAGAUGAUAAUAUAUUUAAAUUCUAUGAUAUUAUAUUUGUGAAAAAGGAGAUGUUACAUUAUCUUUUAACAAAUAUGACCUAUAUGUAUGUUCAUAAUGCUCAAGAUAGCACAAGAUACGUCACAAAAUAAAGGAAUGAAUUUAAUAAAUUAUAUAAUUUUCUUGGGUAAAUAAAUGUCGGAGUUAGAAAAUAAGAUGUGUACAUUAUCACGAGGAUGAAAAUAUAUUUAAAUUGUAUGGUAUUACAUUUUUGAAAAAAAAAAAGAUUUUUAAUUCUCUUUUUACAAAUAAACAUUGCGUUAACAAAUCUUGGGUACAUUUAUACAAGUAUACCCAUGAAUAUCAAAAUCCAAUCAUUUUACACACUUGAAAAAUUAAUUUUGAAAAACAGAGAUUUAGUUAAUAUUUACUUUCAAAAACUGAAAAUAUUUUUUGUUUUUACUUUGCAAAAAAGUAAAGCGAUGUGGAUUUUUAUGAGAAUAACGAUAUUUUUUUAAAGACACUAAAAUCUGUUAUAGGUGUGAGAAACGGUUGCGAGAUUCUGCUUUAGAUAAAAGAAUUCUUUGUUUUACUAUUUUCUAAUAAUGGUAAACUUUUUUAAAAAAGGCAAAAAUGUGUUUAAAUUUUUGAUGAAGAUAUCAAUAUAUAUCGAAUUCCUUUGAUAGAAAGCAUAUAUUUAAAUGAUAUAAAGCGUUUUGCUGUAAAUUUCAGAUAUUGUUUUUUAACAAUUUUUAGAGAAAAAAAAAUGUAAUUCAAUUGCACGAAAAUGGGUAAAUCUAAAGUUUUUCUCUAGCGUAGUAAUUGUCUCUCCAUUAACUUCUUUAGUGACAAAAGUGGUAUAAUUAGUGAUAAUUUAUAUUGGGUAAUUUAAUAUCAUGUUGAGAGGGAAAAAAGUAGUUUAGGGGCGUUAAAGUGAGUAGGUAGGCGUAUAAUAUGUAGCAAAUAAAUACUUCUCAAAACUUAAUGAUGUUAGAAAUGUAAAUAUCAUUAUAUUUUUAAAGUUAUAAAUUGGGAUGAAUUUUUGCAAUAGCAGAUAUAAAUUUUCGCAAAUGACCUACCAUUAUUAUCCCGAUACCAUCGGGUUAAUUAUUCUAGUAUAUAAGAAUAAUCUAUAAUGAUCGUAACUCCAAAAAAUUUGAAAAUGUGCGUAUACGUUCGGAUUCUUACAAACAUUAAUAGUUAUUUUCUGUUAUUUUACAAAAAUCGAAUACCAUAAAAUGCACGAAAAGCAUUAUAUAUAAGCUUUUAUUUUAGUAACAGUUAAAGUAUUAUUAUAUUAUUAGAAAUUACAAAUACAUUUAAAGUAACAAUUAUGAAAUGAUUUUAAACAUGUUUCUCGAAUCUAAAAGUUUUGAACACAAUUAUAAAUAAAAAAAAUAUGAUCUCAGAUUUGCAUCUUAAUCAAAUUUAUCGGAAAUUUCAAACAUCUGUUAUUUUUAGUGCGUUUUUGGUGCGUUUUGAUAUUGCAAAAUAAAAAUAAAAUUAAUAUAAUUUCAAUAAAUACGCAAAUAACGUCAUAGCCGUAGGUCUAAGUUUCUUAGGUUUAAUAAACGUGGGUAACAAAACUGUUGAUGUAUUUUACCCUUCUUAAAAGUAAAAUUAUUAAAUAUAAUUGAUUGCUUUUAAAAUUGCUAAAAUUUGCUGAAAUAAAAUACUACUUUAGCUUUGUAUUUUUAACUUUUAAUAAGUUUUAUUUUUUAUUUAUUACAAAAAUAUAACUUUAUGAAAUUUAUAAAGAAUUAAAAACUUAACCUUUAAACAAACCUUUAAUUUUUUUUUUAAAAUGACGUUGAAUACAAUGAGUGCAGUGAAACAACAUAGCUAAAUAGCAUUCACUAAUGCAGUUAUCCCUAAUUCAAAUCAGAACAAAGCGUAUGAAAUGUAAAAAAAAAAAUUGUUGCGGACGUAAAGUGGUUACAAACCCGUGGAUGAUUUUUCGUUUAAGACACGGUUUAGGAUUUGCGCCUAUCGCUCUAAACAUAACUAAUGCUGGUUUUCAAUUAGCUCUUUUUGGUUUAAAAAAAAUAUAUUUUUCUAUCGAAAUACCAAAAGCGUUUUUUAAGAAUAUUUAUGCAAUUCUGGGCACAUGAAUUACAGGUAAAUUAAUAUUUUGAAAAGAUACGUUUUUGUUGUGAAACUAAAAAAAUUUCUUGACAUGAUAAAAUCCUGCAGGUUGUGAAUACGGAGACCGAUUUACGAACUGCACAACACAAUUUUGCUCUCAACUCCCCGUAGACUGCUGUGGCACUUGCAACAACGGUGUCCCUUUCACCACCAAGCCAACGACCGCUGUCACUGUCACGUACGCACCGCGCCUUCCAACACAAAAUCCUGAUCCUGGAGGUGAGCACUGUUAAAACUGUGCUAAUGUUCUUCAAAUUAAAUUUUUUUUUUUUUAUAUAUAAGUCAGACUUCUCUUAAAUUGUCACGCUUAAUCCUCUUUAGCUCUAAAUUUAUUUUAAAGUACUUAUUUAUCUUAAUCGAAUUAUACACCAUUAUUUAUACUCCGGAGGAAAGGAAUAUAAAAAAAGGGAACAAAGAAAAUGUUUGUAUGGAAAAUUAAAAAUAUAUUUCGGCCCAUGGGGGAAUCUAGGAUUUCAAUUGUCAGGAUGAUUUGGCUGAAUGGGCCUGAGGGGGUUCCCGUUACCUUUCUUUAAAAUUAAUUAACACGCCCGGGUCUCAAAAAAUGAAAAAAGGCCAUUGUACAAUUGAUAAACUUAAAAAAAAUAUUAAAAAUACUGUAUCUAAAAAUGAAAAAAGAAUUACCAAACGAUAAGUAGGUAAGAUAUAACCCCCCCCCUCCCACACCCCCAAAUUUUAAAAAAAAUUUAAAAGUAAAUAAAAAAAUUAAAUUCACAGAAAUGAUCUUAACUAUAAUUAGAUAUCUCCAUGUAUCUUGUUAUGACUUGACAACCAUUUUUCACUUUUGACAAGUUCGCUCUAUUGCCUUGUUCACAGUUCAUUAGCAUCCAUGCUCGAAUUUGUGACCUGAUAAUCUUAAAAGCAAUAGUCUGUCUUUAGAUGUUAGUUCCGGAAACUUCGUUUACACGAAAAUUCGGAUGGUAGAAGAGGUGGUAAAAAAUUGUAACAAAUAAAUAGUAUUGGAUAUGCAUCUGAAUAGAAAUUAUAAUUGGUCAGUACAGUAAAAGGCACAAUUAAUUUCAAGAAGUAAUAUUUUCUGAAGUCAUUUUGGUCUGAAUGUGUCUAGAUCCAUAUCCUUGUUUCUGUUUAUAAUCGCUGUCUUCGUUAUGUAUUAUGUGUUACUUAUAUUGUGAUUUCAGUGGCUUCUGUAAAAUCGUUCAUGAAAUGGUUAAAGUUAGAAGUAAAAUCUUAGAUUCUUCGUGAAUUCUGAUUGCUCUCGCUUUAACGUUAAAUGGCUGCUUUUUGAUGCAGAAAAAUCCGAAAUAGCAUUGGAGACUCCACCAUGUUCAUUGAAAUCGCUCGUAUCGAGAGAUGACAUGGUUGCAGCUAUCUACCCAUUUAUUCUACAUCUUUUUCAAAAAUUAUUCAAAAAGGCCUUAAUUAUUUUUUUUUAAUUAAUUCUUCUUGAACUAAGAAAGUAUUCCGGUUCUGCUGACAUGGGAAACAACAGGAAUUAGGUCUAAAAUAUACACCGAAAAGAAAGGCCGCACUUCAAAAUGAUUGUUAUAAGGAAAUCGGAUCCUAAUAUUUUCCCGAAUGGAUUAGCUCGCCAUGGUUGUCGUCUAGAAGUUCUAGGCCAAAAUCUUCCAAAACUUUUCAUGUGUUUCAAAGAAAGUUUCGAUUUUUAAAAAAAAAUGUCAAAUGAAGAAUUUUUCUAUCCAUCAGAAAAGCGUCUCUUUUAGCCUUCUAUAAGAUUUUCCUUAUAUCUGUCUCUUAGAGUUUUCCAUAAGACUUUCCUUAUAUCUGUCUCUUAGAGUCUCCCAUAAGAUUUUCCUUAUAUCUGUCUCUUAGAGUUUUCCAUAAGACUUUCCUUAUAUCUGUCUCUUAGAGUCUCCCAUAAGAUUUUCCUUAUAUCUGUCUCUCAGAGUCUUCAAUAAGUUUUCCUUAUGUUGUCUCUUAGAGUCUUCCAUAAGACUUUCCUUACAUGUGUCGAAUAAUGCGGCUGCAUUCGAAGACUCAAACAUGAUGCACAAAAAUCCAAACAACUUUCUAAGGUGUACUGGCAUUUGACGGGUUGCAGCAUCUGUUAGGCUAGAACCCCAUUCUGCGUAUUUAUCAGCUAUUAGUUAAGAUAACCCUCGACCAUUUAUACUCUCGAAAGAUGUUACUUCUAUAACACUCAGAAGGAGAAUUCAAUUUUUCGCUAUCUGUGGAAUUAUUAUUAUUAUUAUUGCCAAUCGCAGAGUCGUGUCUUCUAAGACGGUGUUUUCUUUUUAAUUUUUUUUUGUAAUUGCAGGGAUAUGUUUUAGUGAUUGGGAAUGGUAAUUUAUAAAUACUCUCAAACUUUAGGGUCGUCCUGAUUUAACUUAAACCGAGACAGAAGUUUGGACAUAAUAGAUUUUUGCAGUACAGCUUCAUUUUCCGUACAAGGUACAAAACGUAUUGUGUGCUUACUGCUUGAGUUUUCUACUGCGUUCUUUUCUUUGUUAUAUUUUCAUUUCUAUUGUUGGCUGAUGAAGGCUUUAUGCCGAAACGUCCUUGUUUUUUGUCCUGUUACCUUAUUUCAAGCUUCCACAUACCUCGUUUCACUAUUUCAUUCCUUAGGAUGGGCAUUUUAUCUUUCCACAUGAUUAGUUUGGUGAUGCAUUUUGCAUUUCUCAGGCUCCAGCAUGUUUCAGUUACAAUAACAUAUCGAGUUUGCAAGUAGCUUUUUACUUUGCUCCAUUUAAUGGUAGCUUCCUAUUCUAUGCGAACAUUAACACAUUCUUCCCCUUCGUAAAGGUAUUUGAAAAGGUAUUGAACGUUUCGAAUUGAGCUACAAACAUCGAAGUUAACAUGAGCAUUGUAUUCCAGAUACAGGUAUGGGCUGUAUGGCAUGGUGACCCAUUUGUUAUCCACUUUGUUUCCUCAACUUUCAAUACUCUUGGCGUCAUCUCGUCGUUGAGUGCUUUGGAAUAGUUUGACAGUGCUGUUGGUCUCGCUACAGAAAUCAUUUGGUAAUUCUUUUGGUCAAUUUGCCUUUUUGCGGACAUGGUGAAUUCGGCUUUUACGGAUGACAUGCACCGUGUAUCAUACAGGAUUUUAUAUUUUGAUGUAGCCUCCAGAGGCCUCUUAAUUGGGGAUUUCUGCUGAGACAAUUUGUCGAUUCUGUCAGUCUCCCACGCUUUGUCUUCCAGGGCCAUCAAUAGCAAUAUAUGUAUGUGCCCCUGUGUCGUAGACCAUGACUUUGGAACUUGAUUAGGUAGAGCAUAGCUCUAAAUCCUCCGCAUCUGUGAAGCUUGGUCGAGUCUUAAGGUAGCAGAUUUAGUUUCAACUGAAAUUCUCUUGUUACUAAAUCAGGCUUUUUGCAUAGUUGCUGACUUUAAAGAACGUUCUCCAUUAUUUCCCUUCAUUUAGCAUAGCUUGAAUGUUUCAAAUAAGUUAGGUUUGUCAUUUUUCCUGCUGGCCAUGAACAUAGCUUCUCGGUAAUUUUGAGUUACAUUUCUGGGACACCCAAUAAAGGUUGAUGACAAAAUAACUUUCUCUCCUGGCAAUAUGUUAACGUUAUAAAAAUUGUGGUUGUUCACAAGUAAGCGAAUUUCAUCAUAGUCUUCAGCUCUUAUGGUAUUUUGAUUUUUUUUCUUCCGAAACCCAUUCAAAUGCGUUACCACGGUCGUGAAAUAGACAUCAACAAUGAAUUUGUAUGUCAGCUUUCCUGCGAUGAGGAACUGGUCAAAGUCUCCAUCGUGAAUUGCAAAACGGUAAGAAUAUCAUUGGACAUGUGACACAUUUCCUUGACCAACAGCUUUCUUUUGAUCUGUGAUCCACCCUGACUGCCCAUAUGGGAAAACCAAAGGGUAGCAUAUUGUGUCACAGAGUUUACUCAGUAUGUAUAUAGUGGGUAAAAGUGUGCUUUCUGGAUACACCAUCUGCCCUGUGACAAACGGCAGCUUGUCUACUCUGGCAGAGGCAGCGCUGUUUCUCUCAAGGAGCUCAUGAGUUACUCUUUGUAUCAAGAGUUUCAUGCUAUAGUCAAUCGGCGUUCGGUUUUCCCCAAUUGACCUAUAGAAAUUCGUUUUGUUCAAAUUUUAGCUUUUUAAAGCCGAAAACGUCACCAAUACAAACCACAAAUGAAUAGGUACACAAUUAAUCUCUACGCCAAAUGCGCUCACUAAAUAAUACAUAUACCUAUGAUGGACACACUAACUACGGCGUUAUAUCAUAGGUACACAUACAUAUAUAGUUCAUAAAUUAUUGCAGGGCGUUUUUCUGGUUAAAUCGCAACAGUUGUGAAAAUAAACUAAGCGAUACUGAAUGUAAUAAAUAUGACUAGUAGCCUAAUAACAACUAAUCUAAAGCCUUGCAUUUCAUGUUUGAUAUCACUAUAUAAACUAUUGAACCAUUAGGUCGAUAUAGGCAAGUAGUAUAGAGUCAUUAUGCAUAGAAAUUAUUUUGUUGACAGACGACGUUUGCCGUAACAGAGAGUUGAGCUGCUACUUUCUCAAAGACGACGCUGUGACCCAGUGCUACGACUCGGUGUUUAACAGAAAAUGCUGUCAGUUUUGUCAACAGCACCUGACAAAAAUACCAGGUAACGUCAGUUUUGUCUAACACAAUUAUCAGGUAAUGUCAGUUUUGUUAAAAGCAUCUAACAGAUACACCAGGUGAUGACAGUUUUGUCAACAUACUCGGACAAAAAUGCAAAGGUCAUUUCAGGUUUUUUUUCCCCCAAAAGGUAAAGGUUAUAAAUACCAAUAAUUAUGUGAGUGAUGUCAAGAACACAGCAUAAGGUAAUGUCCGUUUUUAUCAACACCGAACACUGUGAUGUCUCAACAGGACGUUUUGUGACUAAUUUAAGACAUGUUCUAAGUUUAAUUUAUUUAAUUCAUCCAAAGAAAAAUGUUGGAAAAAAAAUUCCAUGUUAUUUUCCAAUAUCUCUUGAAACUAUAUAUUCCAUUUGAGAUCACUGGCUCUUAAACCACCGAGGAAAAGAUAGUUCUAGUGUUUCAAGGUGCUCCAUAACCCGCAAAUAUAUUAUAUUUUUUAAUGGAAUUUAUCGAUAGCACGAAGCAUUCUCAAGGCCUUCAUUUCUGCAGUCUUGCAGGUGACACAAUGUGAUUCAAACUUUAGCUGGUUUCUAAAUAUACAUGUUCCAGAAAAAAAGAUGUACCACAGCCAACCUGUCAUCAAUCAUUUGCUUUGGUUUUUGUUUUGUUUUGCUUUCGUUUUUUUUUUAUUGUUUUCUUUUUUUUUCCCACUGCAUUUUCCUUUUGUCUUUGAUUUUGAAUUCGUCUUUAAAUUAUUUUUUUUAAAAUAAAAAUAACACCACCAUCAAAAAGAGAAAAGAAAGAAAAGUAAAAUCUUCUUUCUACUGGAAUUAUUGAUGUCAUUUAAUAAGGUUUGCCACAUCAACCACCGGUUGUGCUGCAUUUCUACAUAUUUCAGCAUUUAUUAAUAAGUAGAGUAAUCCGAAGAAGUGAAUUGAUCCAAAAGAGUAAAGUAAUCCCAAUAAAAUGAAUGAUCCCAAAUGGAGUAGUCCCAAAAUGAGUAAUAGGAACAGAUUAAUAUCAAAAGAUUUUUACAAAAAAAGAUUAACCCAAAUAAAGUACUACAAGUAGGACGUGCCGAUUAUAAGAUUACUCUAAAUAAGAUGUUAUUUCUUUUACUUUUUUUAUUCCAGGCUGCGAGUAUGGUGACCGAAGUCCUCAACUUUGCAGAGAUAGAAGCGUUUGUUCUUGGAAUGCCUACCUGUGUUGUCAGUUUUGUAUACCCCCCUCCACCACUGGUUACCCUUCUAUCGUGACCACUGACGAGUCCGGCGAGUCCGGGGCUGCAUCUGGAUGCUCAUUUGGGCCACACACUAUUUCUUUGAUACUUUUAGUAGUGUGUUCAAUGUGUCUAGCCUAUUAGUGAUGAUGGCUAUUUUGUUCAAUGUGUCUAGCCUAUUAGUGACGAUGGCUAUUGUGUUCAAUGUGUCUAGCCUAUUAGUGACGAUGGCUAUUUUGUUCAAUGUGUUUAGCCUAUUAGUGUUUGUCUUUGCUAUUUUGUGUCCAAUGUUUUUUUUAGCCUAUAAGUAAUGAUCUUUGCAAUUUUGUUUCAAAUAGUUUUGUAGUGAGAAAUAAUCUACAACUGUAAAGUGAAUGAUACAAAUGAAUCUGUGGAAAAAUGCGACACAUAAAAUGUGAAAAUCUGAAACAAAAGGACGCAACAAAACAACCAACGUUUCGGCAAGAAGUCUUCCUCGGCGAUCAAACAAAUAUAGUAAUUAAAAUACACUUGGCUGCACUUUAUUAUCUGAGAACAGCGAGGGGAAUGCACCAGAUAAGGGUCACGGCGAUUGGUUGUAACAGCGAGGGGAAUGCACCAGAUAAGGGUCACGACGACUGGUUGUAACAGCGAGGGGAAUGCACCAGAUAAGGGUCACGGCGACUGGUUGUAACAGCGGGGGGAAUGCACCAGAUAAGGGUCACGGCGACUGGUUGUAACAGCGAG